AUGUGGGGCGGCGGCGUGCAGAGCGUUCACGCCUCGCUACCACGAGGGUCGCGCGCGCAGCCCGCUCCUACACUCAGUGGCGCCAUUGCGAGCCGUCGCCCACCCAGGCCAACACCGCCAUCACCCACAUUAGUAGCCAAAAUUGAUUCUUCAGUAGCGUGUCUUUGGCUCCUCACUCCAUUGUCAGCUGGCACAGCUGUGGUUGCAGUUUUGGUUGCCGUUUCGACCAAUAACUGGUUACACACUGAAGAAAAUAUGCUUAAUCCACUCUACAACGGUACCGGGAGACAUGCGCUAGUGGCGAAACACACAGUAUCAGGACUUUGGCGAAUAUGUCACACAGAACCUGGCAGUUCGGUAUUCCGGUGUUUGGAUAUACCAUAUUUUCCCUUGUCUCAGUAUGCGCCAGACCUGAGCGAUUCUACAAACGCUAUACCAUAUGUGGUGACCAGGUCAGCCGCUCCAUUGCUUCUUGCCGUAUUCGCACAAGUGGUGGGAGCUUUGUUUUGCAUUUUGGGACAUUGCGUUAAGGGCCGACGUCUUUGCACCUUUAUCGCUGGCGUUAUGUUUAUUAUCUCUGGUUUAAUAAUGCUGACUGGAAUUGUUAUGUACAUAUCUGUAUUCAAGUCACAAGUGGGACACAAGCUGCGGUAUAUGACAGUAUUUGAUACACCGCGUAUGUCGUAUAGCUAUGGUUAUUCGUUCGGAUUAUACCUAAGUGGAUUUGUGGCUGCCGAGCUAGCUGGUACCUCGGCAAUAUUUCUCUUUUUACAGUGGUACCAAAAAGAUUGGAUAACAGAGCUAUGCGAGAAAGCAAAAGCUGACUGUCGAGCGUGGGAUCGAGAAUACGCCUUUUCUGAAUUUAGAGAAAGAGACACCUCACUCCUAGAAAGGCGCAUGAUGAAAAGGGACACCUAUCCACCGACAGGUUCCUCUGCUGCUACUCCUGGAGAACGACGACGCUUUGUGUUUGAUGGAGACGAGAUACCACAUUGUUCUAUACAUAAAAACAGAAGAAUUAAUUUGAGCUCAGCAUCACUCAAAGACUUGUCAUCGUCAACACUUUAUGGAUUUCCAGCCGCACCCAGACCAACGGCAUGCGAUAAUUACUUCGAAGAGUUCAAGGAAGUCCCGCAAAGCGCGAAUACUUUGAGCGGCCUGAGAAGUGCAUCGAUAUUUCAAUCCCAAGCGUCAAUCGCGAGCGGCAGAUUCCUUGACACAUCGGCGGUGGAGCCACCGCCUUCGCGGGAAGAGGAACUGGUAACCUUCGGUGCAGGACCGCGGGCUACCAAGGCUGCUGGUGAAAAGCCCCCGCGCCAUGACCGCGCCGUCGGCACUGAUCCAUACCGAAGGACGACGCCGGUG